CCGGCUUUGGUCUGGGGGGCGUUGGUUAAAAACGUUGUGUCUUUGCACGGUGCUUGCGGUCAUUCUGCUUGAUUCUUCUCUAAAGCAGUGAAAGGUUGUCAUUGAGUAGUUGUGGGAGGGCUUUCUUUUACCUGAGGCGUUGACAGAUCUGUAAAAUGGGAUUUGCCGAAAUUCUCUGAAUUCGUGCCUAACAUAAACACUGCAUCCAGAAGCCACAGUAGUGAUGUUUGGAGUUUAGUCCUCCUACAAUGAUUUGUAAAUCACGCCGUGGUUUGUAAGCUCAGUAGCGUUUUUAAUACUAAGUAUAAUUCAUUGUGUGUAAUAGAAUUUUCGGUGUCUUCUCUAGGAGGAAGGAAUGAGAGUUUUGUCUUAUGGCUGCUCCAGGAAAGGUGGCAGCUUUCCGUCUACCUCCCCUGCCAACUAUUGGAGAAAUUAUUAAACUCUUUCGCCUUAAAGCACUGAAACAGCUUUCCCAGAACUUUCUACUGGAUUUGCGAUUGACAGACAAGAUAGUGAAACAGGCUGGUGAGCUGAAAAAUGCCCAUGUUUGCGAAGUGGGCCCUGGGCCAGGAGGAAUUACCAGAUCCAUUCUCAGUGCUGGUGUUGAACAACUCAUUUUAAUUGAAAAAGAUGCUCGAUUUAUUCCAGGAUUGCAGAUGCUCUCUGAAGCAGCUCCAGGAAAAGUGCGCAUCGUUCAUGGAGAUAUCCUCACCUAUAAGAUGGAGAAGACCUUUCCAAAGCACUUAAAAAAGAACUGGGAGGAUGAACCACCAGAUAUACAUAUCAUUGGGAAUUUGCCCUUCAGUGUUUCAACUCCUCUAAUCAUCAAAUGGCUUGAGAAUGUUUCGAAAAGGGAUGGACCUUUUAUUUAUGGCAGGACACAGAUGACACUGACUUUUCAAAAGGAAGUUGGGGAGAGACUUACAGCUAAUCCAGGAAGUAACCAACGAAGCAGACUGUCCAUCAUGGCUCAGCAUCUCUGCACUGUGGAAAACUGUUUUGUAAUUCCAGGUCAAGCCUUUGUUCCAAAGCCAGAGGUGGAUGUGGCUGUGGUGCAUUUCACUCCAUUGGUACAACCAAAGAUACAGCAACCAUUUGAGCUGGUAGAAAAAGUGGUUCAAAGUGUUUUUCAAUUUAGAAGAAAAUACUGCUUCCGUGGAAUUGAGACCCUGUUUCCUGAAAAUGGACGCUUGAAAAGAACAGAACAGCUGAUGAUGACAGCAGAUGUUGAUCCAACUCUACGUCCUUUUCAGCUCUCUAUGUCACAAUUUAGAAACCUGUGCAAUGCAUACAGGAAAAUGUGUGAUGAGGACCCAAGCCUUUUUGUGUUCAACUACAGAGAAGAACUACGGCAAAAGAAGAUGACAGGAAAUGUACUUGGAAGUACUGAUCAGCCUGAACAGACUGAAGAGGAAAAUCAGCUCUAACAGCACAAGUCUGAGUUUUUUUUUUUUAUUAGUUUUAACUAAGGUUGUUGGUUGUUAAGUUGUUAAGGUGUUGGCUCAGUAAAGGAAGGCUUAGAUGUUCCUACAUCUGUGCAGAUGUGAAAGACCUACUUCUGAGAAUGUGGUAGCGAGAGAGAGGGCAUCUCUAUUCCAUUCAGCUGCAGACAAAAGGGAAAAGGCAAUCCAGGUUCUUUUUACUUCAGGGGAAUGGCUAGAACACGUACCAAGAAACAAGGUAUGUUGUGAGAACAGGUCAUUAAGUUGCAAUACUUCUGAUAUAAUUGAAUUUUGUAUGAAUGUGCUUUACUGAAAUGGAAGAAAAAUACUUUUCAAACAUCAGCAUAUAAGAUGGUGUUUGGGGUUUUGUUCUUUUUUAUCUUGGAACAUCCUACUGUGCAAAGUAAUUUAAAAAACAGAAGCCAAGACUCUUAUAAAUACACUCAAGUGACUGGCUUAUGGGAGGAUAAAGUGCACCAAUUGCCUCAAGGUCUGCUAAUACUCAUCUCAUUUAUGCAGAAGCAAAGAAUUUGGGAUUUAAAGCUCCAACUACAGAAAAGCACCACAAUAAAAAGUAGAAAACAUGGCUAAGUACAAUACUUAUUUGUCUUUUACUGUACAGGCUCAUAGAGAAAAUAAAAAAUACAGUCAAAUAAAAGAUUACAGGCCAAGCUUUGUUUUUGUAUUUACAUAUAUGUAUAAAGUAUAAACAGCAUUGAAACAUACAAAAAUGAAACUUCUGCACUGUUGUGCACUAAAACACAUUAAAAUAACUUAAUUGUGCUUUAAAUAAAGCAAACAUGAAAACCAAAGAAAGAAAAUGCCCAAGGGUGAAAAAUUCAGUUUGCAAUGCUACUUUUCACUGUAAACCCCUCUGCCACUCACUAGCACCUUUUCCACGUUACUUAAAAUAUUAAUGGGGUCAUCCCCAAGAACACUACAUCAUCUUAAUAACUGCUUGAAAGGGAUGAACUAAUUUACAAACCUGGGCCAACUUAAUCUAGUUUUGAUCCACAAUAAAUUAAAAUAACUUAAAAAUCCUUUACAGCUGUUCUUGAGCAAAAAUGUAUUAGUGCACAAAAUCAGAGAGUAGUUUUCCUGCAGCUUCCAUGAAUUUACUAGUUUUAAAAUAAAAGGUUUGUUAAAUUUUAUGGGGACUUCAAAUGAA